CGCGAACCCGGAAGUGUAUCUUCGCCUGACCUUGGCUAAAUUCGCUACGCAGAGUAAGAAGCAUGGCGAGUAAAGACCCUGGCAUUGCGCCCUGGACGGUCGCCCACAUUGCCCACAGCAAAAACCAGCCCUGCUUACCACCCUUUUACUCGGCAUGUUAACUACAAAGCGGAAGGAGGGGAACUAAUUUGAAAUAAUAGCAGAAUGAUCAGAAGAUGAGGCGAGUAAAGAUAGUGAUUGGGGUUCCUUCAGCAGUUGCGGCAGAUAGCACUCAGGAUGGCUAUGGGGCCCAAGGGAAUGGGAAGUGGCGCCAAGCUGCUUGCUGUUGCUGGUGCUCUGGCAUAUGGUGUGAAGGAAGCCAUGUACACAGUUGAAGGUGGUCAGCGAGCGGUCAUCUUCAGUCGUCUUGGAGGAAUGCAGAUGGACACAGUCCUCACUGAAGGUCUUCACUUCAGGGUUCCAUGGUUCCAGUAUCCCAUCAUCUAUGACAUCAGAGCCACGCCCAGGAAGAUCUCCUCCCUUACAGGAAGCAAAGACUUGCAGAUGGUGAACAUCGGGCUGCGUGUGUUGUCGCGGCCGGAAGCGUCCUGCCUGCCUGCGCUCUACCAGCGACUGGGCAAAGACUACAAUGAACGUGUUCUGCCCUCCAUUGUCAACGAGGUGCUCAAGAGCGUUGUGGCCAAAUUUAACGCCUCGCAGCUCAUCACGCAGCGAGCGCAGGUGUCUCUGCUGAUCCGCAAAGAGCUGGUGCAGCGAGCCAAGGACUUUAACAUCAUCCUGGACGACGUGGCUAUCACAGAACUCAGCUUCAGUCGGGAAUACACAGCAGCCGUGGAGGCCAAACAAGUCGCCCAGCAGGAGGCGCAGAGAGCUCAGUUUUAUGUUGAAAAGGCCAUACAGGAACAGAGACAGAAAAUUAUUCAGGCCGAAGGAGAAGCUGAGGCUGCCAAGAUGCUGGGCAGGGCGGUCACAAAGAAUCCAGGCUAUCUGAAGCUGAGGAAGAUUCGGGCGGCGCAGAACAUCGCCAUGACGAUGGCGCAGUCUAGCAAUAAAGUUUACCUGAGCGCUGACACUUUGGUGCUCAACCUGCAGGACGGCGGUGGCAGCUACAAGUUGUUGGAGAAGUAAAAUGUCUACUUCCUGUCUUCAUGCGUCUGGUCGCUCUGGCAGAAGGUUGUGGAUUUCAUGCAUAUGUACAUGAUGAAGACUUGAUUAUAACCUAAAGACCCUUUUUUACAUUUAAAUGCUCAACUUUACAGGAAAUGUAGGCUAGGUUCUGUACGCGGAAGUCUGUUUCAUCAGGUUGGCGGGAAAAUAUGUACGGACCAAAUUAUCUGUGUAAGAAAUUUUCUUUGUAGAAUAAUGUCAUACUGUCAAUAAAUAUUCUUUCAUGAAAA